AGGCCGUGCGCUGGCGGCGCCCCGCGCGGGCGUCCGCGGGGUGACCGCCGCGCAGCUCCCCGGCCUCGCCGGCGAUGGACGCCCGCGAGGUUGCCGUCGGACAGCCCCCCGCCCCGCCGGCGACUGACGCGCGGGUGGUGGCCGUCGGGCAGGGCGCUGGGCAGCCUCGCGCGUCGCUGGAGCUCGCGGCCCAGGACGCGAAGACGCGGGCGCUGCUGAGCGAGCCAGAGGAGGGCGCGCAGGGGGCGCCGGGGCCGCCGCCGGACAGCCACUUCGAGGUCCACUACGUGGGCGAGCUGGAGUUCGGGGCCCGCUUCCCGGGGGCGGCGAGCGACGACGGCCUCUUCGUGGACUACGCCGCGCACGUGGGGUCGGAGUGGCACCCGGCGCAGGAGGGCGGCUAUGCGGGGCAGACGCAGACGGCGUACCCAGACGUGGAUGGCAACUACGUGUUCAACCACCCCAUAGACUUCCACUACUUCGCCUUCUCUCUCGAUGGAUGGCCAGCCUUCCACGUGGAGGUGCUCAAGCUCGAUCCCGCGGGCCAGGUGACCACCGUGUCCUACGGAUCGGUAGCGCUGCCCAGCACGCCCGGGCAUGCCGAGCUUGCCUGCCGGACUUGGUCGCCAGCGGCCGCGUCGCAGCUCGCCGAGGCGCGGGCGGCGCGCCUGGGGGCGUCCGGGGGGGCGCUGCCCGUGGGCCGGGCCGAGCUCCUCGGGGCGCGGUCGCCAGAGGCGCGAGCCCACAUGGUUACCAAGACCUCCGGCACCGUGCGGCUCUCGAUGGACACAAUAUUCCGGAACGCCGCGAGACACGGCAUCGUCGUGACCCGCGAUGGGCGCUGAUUGCCCGCCGUUGGCCAUCCAGCUCCGGCCCUGAUGCCCCUUCAUCAUGGAGGGCUCCAAUGGAAAAUGUCGUUGAACUGCAACUGUUUCGCAUUGCAUGCUUCAUGGUCGCGGAGGGUGCGCGGCUACGGACGCGAUGAGCCCUUGCUCGAUGGCAGGUGGUCUCUGCCGAUCGAUUUCGGCCUCUGUGGCUCUUUCGGGGCGGCCGAGAAUUGGUCCCAGAGACGCGGUCGAGAGCCCCGAGGGUCCCACGUCGCGCAGAGACCACGACGUCGGAGACUUGGGGAGGGGGCUGCGGUAAUUAGUUUCGUGCAGCCUCACCGCCGCGGCGGCACGAUUGCAGGCAUGAAGGUUUCAUCGGGCUCUGGAGCUGACACUGGAAAGCCCGCGGCGCGAAAUCCACAGGAAAGACGGCGGCGUUUCCUGUCCCUGCGUGGUUUUCGGGCCUCGGUUCUGUUCGGCCGGUCCCUCCGCCUCUCGUGUCUGCUCUGGCCCUCGCUACGUGUCGUUGUCGGGCCCUCGUCGGUCCAUCGUCGCUGUGCGACUGCCUGGGACUUAGCGCGUGACCCUAACACACGUCCACAACAAGGAUGGCGUCGACGGAUUCCCAGGACGCUCGGCAGCAGAGAUCGCCGAGGGUCGGGAGUUUUGGCGCGGCGACGGGCGCCGAAGCCCAGAGGCAGGCGUGGCAGGAGGCCGC